CAUUGUUUGGCGUUGCGUUGCAGCCUCUAGUUAUGCUGGCUUCUUGCCUGAACCUCUUUAUUUGCAUCCCUCCCUCCUGCCUAACACCUCCUGCCACUUAGGUCCUUAUUCCGCGGUGGUGAUCUAUUCCAGUCCUUUAACUCAGGGCUACCUGCAUUGUUCCAAAUUAGGGUUCUCAUCUCGUCUCGCCUCCCUCGCACCUCGCGUCCAGUAGGGGCACUCGACUCAUCACAUCUGCUUGACACGUGUCACCCGUCAGCCGCCGUUUCUCGCGCGUAGCUCGCGUCGUCUGCCCCGUCAGCUCGUUUAACUAUGUUCUGCUGCUUCUGUCGCUCGCGAACCGCGGACGAUGACGACGACUACGCCACGUCACUCCCCCCCGCUCCCUCGGGCCGCAAGCACGCCGCGCCCUCUGCCAGCGGCGCAUCCGCAGGCGUGCACGAGUUCGCGAGCCAGAUGGCGGCCGCCGACGACCGCGUCGCGAUGUCUUCCGUCGCCGUGCUUCACGCCGCGCAGAUCCGCAGCAUCCGCUCCGAGAAUGCCGGCGACGCGAGGCCCGUCGGCACGCCGCCGAGUCGCGGCGGCAGUCGCGGAGCGACCCCGACCCCGCGAGAUUCGCAGCGGUCGCCAGGAAUCGCAGGCGACUGGAGCCGGAGUUAUCAAGGUCAGUCCACCCCUGGCGCCGCGUCCGGGGUAGGGUUUGGGUCGAACGCUGCCGCUGUGGGGAGCGGAGUUAGUGGGAGCGGAACGGGCGGCGGCGCGGCCGUCCAUAGCAUGUCGGAGCCUCGAAUCGCGAGCCUCCCUGGAGCAACAGGGGACAAACUGCCUGUAUCGCCUUUAUCGGGUAUGGUUAUAUCAGGUCAGGCGCAGGGGAGCCAUCACCACGCGCAGUACGCGCACCAGGGGGCGGGCGGAGGGGCGGGCACGGGUGUAAGCGCGGGGGUUGGCGCAGGCGGAGGUGGAGGCGGAGGAGGGGGAGCGGGUGGCGCAGUUGUGAUGGCGGGCGGGCCGGGGACGCAGCGCCCGGUGCCACUGGCGGGGGGCAUGCCCUCAUCUGCGCCCGGGCGCGCGCGGAUACUCGCGUGGCUUCAGGAGUCGGACUUUACCUACGCCGUAGUUAACGAGGUGGAGAACCUUCCUAUGAAACUUCCCUCGUCGAGCGGUAAAGGAACAAGCAGCGGCACUGGCGAUAGCGAUUCUGUGACUGUAGGCGGAGGUGACAGUAGCGGGGGGACGAACAGCACGAGAGAAGGGAGCCACGACCCCGCUAGACCCUCACAUCCCAACCCUGACGAACCCGUUAUAGAGAAACUCGGCUCGUUCUUAUCAAGUUUAUUAAACGGAUUUUACGAUGACGCGAGCAGCCCGGCCCCUCCCCCGCAGCCCGGCAGCAGCAACCAGCCGUUCGACCCGUUCGCCAGUUCCAGUAACGCGGGGUCGUGGCGGCGGCAGGGGGCGGUUGUGACUCUACCCGGGACCAGGAAGGACCUGCCGCCCGCAGCGCCAACGUUCGGCUCGAGUGCAGCGGGGGGAGGAGGAGGAGGAGCAGGAGCAGCACGAGCAGCAGCAACAGACAGUGGAGGUUUAGGCGUCGGUCGUUCAGGUGCGGUUGCAGCUGCCCCUGCUGCUCCAGCUGCCGCACGAGAUGCCAAUGCUGCUGGUGCUGCUGCUGCUCCUCCGCCUAAUCCUGCGUCCCCUGCUGCUGGCAGUGCGUCUCGUAACCCCUCCGCUGUGCGCACGUGGAAGGAUAGUGCCGGUGCUACGUUGACCAACACUAAGUUUCACUCGCAGGCUCGGCCUACCGUGCCUACAGGCCUGGGAGCAGGCUCGGGAACCCUGCUAUCCCCUGCUGCUGCCGCCGCUGCAGCGGCAGCCACGGCGGCCGCAGCUGCGGCAACAAUGGCAGGGGCAGGGGAGGAUCGAAGUCGAGGCGCCGCCGAGCCUUGCGCUCUUAGCCCUGCGCCCCCUGCAGCAGCAGCAGCAGCAGCAGCAGCAGCAGACGGCGGAGAAGGGACUGUGGAUUCAGGCGCAAGGGAAGAAGCUUCAGCGCCAGGUGGAGAGGAACUAGCCGCAGAAGCAGACGUUGCAGCUGGUGCUGUUGCAGCCACCUGUGCAGCAGACGUGGGCGGAGCAGGGGGGGCAGGUAGGGGAGCAGGUGGGGGAGGCGCGGCAGUGGGGCGGGGGAGAGAGCGGGAGAAGGAGGGUCUCCUAGUGCAGGCUCUAACCAACCUGGUGAGGCAGAACGGAGCAGAGGGGGAGGGGCGAUGCAGCAUGGAGCGGGAGAGGGGCAGUGGGGAGUGGGGGGCGCAGGUUUCAGGGGGGAAAGAGGCGCAUGCCGCAGGGGAGCAGGAGUCGCGUGGUGUGGGCGGGAGGGAGGCGCGAGGGGGGGGAGAGAGCGAACCGGUGAGCCGGUCAGUCACAGAGGCGUCAGCUGGGGACCUGUCAGCUAUUGCCAGCACGGGUGCAGGGCUUUUAGGGGGAGGUGGUACCGGUGCAGGUGGAGCUGCCGAAUCUGGUGUGGCAGCAGCAGGGGUACAGGGGUGGUGAGGUGACUUGUCUUAGCUGGUCAGUCACAGAGGCGUCAGCUGGGGACCUGUCUGCUGUUGUCAGCACUGGUGCAGGGCUUCGGGGGGGGGGGGGUAGCAGCAGGAGGGGUACGUGCAGGUGGGGUGCGGAAUCUGGUGCGGCAGCAGCGGCAGUGCAAGGGUGCUGACUUGCCUCAGCAGCACGGCCAGGCAUGGACGCUGCACCUGGGAACCUCUCUGCUGUUGCCAGCACCGGUGCAGGGCUUGUUUGGGGGGUGGGGGGAAGAGAGAGGGGGGAAGAGGCAGGUGGAAUAGGGGCAGGUGGGAUAGGAGCAUGGGGUGGAGUUGCAGGAGCUGAAUGUGGUUGGGCAGCAGCAGCAACGCAAGGUUACAACCGCAGGGAAAUAUUUUGGUGCGGUGCGGUGCAUUUUGAGAUGCCUCAAAGCCCCCACUGGCACCUGUGACCUGACUACUUGAAAGCCACCCAUGCACAUCCAUCCAUGUGAUGAUGCAUUGAGACCAAGUUUGAGGCGCCUCUACUGCAACGACCAUGCGUGCAUGCGCGCUGCGCCCACUCCACAUGGCACAGCGAUGCGACGAAUUCUGAGGUGCUUUAAAGACGAUGCAAUGCGCGCCUGCGUGCUGCCUUACUAGCUGGCAAGUAUGUAUGGACCCCCCCGAUAGGUGGUAGUAUGAGGUUGAGUAGAGCAUACCAUAGUGGCCUACUGUAGGUGUUUUACGAGUUUAUUAUUUGGUGCAGGUUUGGCUACUGUAGUUACAUUCACACUCACUCAAGUGAUGCGAGGUGGUAGGGGUGCUGUAGGCUACUCUAACGAAGGCCUUGGCUACCUGUUCUUCUCUGUAUGACUGCAAU